AUGUCGCAGCUAUCAAGGCAGAUAGCGCAGAUUAAUUCCGUUACCAAUUCCGGAUCGGGAAGCGGCUCCUAUAACAGAGGAUCCAACAGUAACUAUAAUCGAACUAAAGCAUCUUCAAGGUCAAGAUCAAAUCGAUUUGAUCGCGGACGUCGUAGUCCGACUCCCAUUCCCGAGCUCGAUGAAAGUCUUGACCGGAGUUUUGAUUACGACUCUAGGACUUCCAUGCGAGAUUCAGGGAUUAAAGUCAAUUUGAGUUUUGAUAAAUACGAUAAGGAAGACUUCCAAGCGAAAGUCAUGUCAGACUACCACAGUCACAGCCGGCGAGUUCAUGUGAAGCAAAAGUCGAGGAACAGCCGCUACCAGAAAGACUACAGAGGCGAUCAUGAUGAUAGAGACGAUGAUGGACGCGGUCGACGAGCAGGGGCUAAAGAUCUAUCCAAGCGGGCUGGAAAUCGAGACAAGGGCAAGAAAAAGCACUGGACUGACAAUCGAGUCGAUCGUAGAAACUACGAUCAGAUUGAUAUGGACGAGGUUUUGUAUGAGGACGCAACAGGAUCCGAUUGGAUGCGUAUCAAGAUGAGCAUUCCGAGAAGCGAGUCUGAUAGACCGCUACUAUUCAAAGACGAGAUGAUGAAGCUCUUCCACGAGAAAAUUCCGAACUUUGCUGACAAAGAUCCUCAUUGUGAGUAUGAAAACAUUAUGUUUUUCAUUCCCUCCGCCACUUCAACCGAGGUCUACCGCCAAAUGCUCGACAUCAUCAAGGAUACGAAGCCGGACAAUGUGCCGCCGGCCAAGUGGAUCAAGCUCGAAAAGAUGACUGCCAGGACACCCAUCUCCGCCCGCUUCGAAGUCAUUCCCAACGCGCUCAACACGCUCAGCGAAGUUCUUGGAAAACGAUACAACCAACCUGAAAACACCGUCGAUCUCUCAUCCUUCGCCUCUGAUACACGACUCAAUGAAGCUGGAAUGAAGAUGAACUUGAAGAUUUCAGAAGACUUCGCGCUCCUUGUACGCGUCAUGAAGAACUUCCCGAUUGAAAACAUCUCUGGAAUCAACCUCUCGAGCAACAUGCUCAGGAAUCUGCAACAGCUCGUCCCGUUGCUCGAGAAAACGCCUAAAGUUAAGAAACUCAAUCUCUCCGGAAAUCAGCUGAUACGAAACUGGAGCGAUGUAAAAUACGUCGAAGAUUGGGACCUUGAAGAUUUGGACAUUCGCGACACUCAACUAGCAAAACUCGUUCAAGGAAGAAACAAUUUAAAAUUGUCCAAAGAAGCAAGAAAAAUAUUCAAGAAUUUGAAAAAACUCAACGGAAGAGAACUCGUUGCGUCUUUUGAUCUUGAUGCAUCUAUAGAAAAAGAAGAAAAGAAGAAGACUGUUUCUCAGAUUUACGAUUCCUGCCUCCCUCUGAAUGAGCAACUGGAAGGACCGCUGAUCAAAUUCAUCACUGAUUUCGUCAAGGCCUACGACACCAAUAGGGAAGAUCUCUUCAAAUGCUAUGGACCGAAUGCGAUCUUCACGCUCUCCGUCGGAAGAGGAGUCGACUUGAGCGCCUACAGAAAGCACCAAAGAAGCAUCGUCGACCACAGACACCUGAUAAACCAAGACGUUGAAAAGUACCGCACUUGCCACCCAAACACGAUCAAACAGAAGCGCCUUGGAGUACUCGCCUGUCUUUCGGAACUGCCGAAGACGACGCACGAUCUGACCUCUUGCUUUUUGGACGUGACGCUGGAAGUGCCCUCGAUCAUUGGAUUCACUUUGACUGGAACUUUCAAAGAAACCGACAAUGGAAAGAUUCGCUUCUUCAGUCGCCACUUUCUCUGCUCGUUCGUGGACAACAACUUUCUGGUCAAUCACGAUCAGCUCUACAUCCGCGACUCGAGCAGCGGUGAAAAAGCCAACCACGGAAAGAAACAAUCCGUCAUCCCGAACCCCCGUGGAGGUGCUGCCGCCGAACCUCCCGCCGACAAAAACGCCAUGGUGAAAAAGUUUAUGGACAACUCUGGAAUGACCGAAAACUAUUCGAAAAUGUGCCUGGAACAAAACGAUUGGAAUUUCAAUCGCGCUGCCGAGAAAUUUAUGGAACUAAAGAAAGGAGGGAAGCUGCCCGCGGACGCAUGGCAGCCUGGUCGUGCCCCGUAA